GACCUUCGCUUCGCUUCGGUCAAUGAAAACAAUUCUAUCGUGUUCCUAGAUGUAUCAAUUGAUGGCGAGAAAGCUAGCCGCAUAGUGAUCGAGCUACGUAACGACAUAGUUCCGCGAACGGCAGAGAACUUCCGCGCCCUCUGCACCGGGGAGAAGGGAGUCGGCGCCAGCGGGAAGCCCCUACAUUACAAAGGCACCAAAUUUCACAAAGGGUUGUCACAGUUCAUGGUGCAGGGCGGAGACACGGUGAGGAACGAUGGCACAAGCGGCGAGAGCAUAUACGGACCCACGUUUGAAGAUGAGAACUUUAAACUGCCGCACGACCCCGGAGUCCUUAGCAUGGCGAACAAAGGCCGGCCGCACACGAACGGCUCACAAUUCUGCAUCACGUCUCAACCGUGUCUACACUUGGACGGCACGAACGUCGUGUUCGGCCGGGUCCUUAGCGGGCUCGGGCUCGUGACAGAGAUGCAACUAUACGGCGAGCAGGACGGGAAACUUAGACUGGAUUGCGUCAUAGAAGACUGCGGUGAGGUGAUAGGAAAUUGGCGAGACUGGAUCUGGGACGAAGAAGACAGAAUUACAGACUAUCCUGAGGACCAUCCACAGUUAGAAGAACUAUCGAUAGAAACAUUAUUAAACUAUGUAAGCACAAUAAAAACCUUCGGCAACAAAUACUUCGCCGAGGGCAGAUACAAGCGGGCCGUACGGAAAUACGACAAGAGUUUAAGAUACAUCGCGCAUCUCAUGGAGCUGUUCCAGCGAGCGCCACAUCCUGAACCCCUCAUGCCGUCGUUCAACAAGGCAGUGAUGUACACACAGCAGUGCAAUUUGAACUUAGCGGCGUGCCACGUCAAGCUAGAAAACUUCCAGGCCUGCCUCAAGUGCUGUACUGAGGUCCUCUCCUUAGACCCCCGCAACGAGAAGGCCCUGUACCGGCGCGGGCAGUCCCACUACGCCCUCAAAAACUACGAGGCGGCCCUCAGCGACCUCAAAACUGCCGACGAGGUCUGCCCCAACAAUAAAGCGGUGCUCAAACUGUUAGAACAGGUCCGGAUAUCCAACAAAAGGUACAACGACGUCCAAAAACAGCGCUUGUCAAAGUUUUUUCGUGACCAAAAGACGGAGAGCGUCCCAAUCGGACAUCACUGAGUUAAGACUGAAAGUACUGAUUUAUACUUUUAAGUAAUAUGCAAAUGAGACCUUGUGACGUGGAAAUCAAAAUGGCCAAAGAUGAAGCGAGUUUACUGAUUUGUCCAAUUAAUUCUGAUUAUUUGUUAUUUUUUUAAUAAGUACCCUCAUAAAAAUAUGAGCUUAACUUCUGGAGCCCAUUUUUCGAACGAUAUUAAAUUAAUAUUAUUAGUCCACGAAACUGUCAAAUCGUAGAAACACACCAUUUAAUAGAGUAACAAGAAUUGCUAGUUUAAAGCGUAUAUCAGGCGUGGCUCACUCCGCGAUUUCGUCGCUUUGCAACAGGUAGCUAAAAGUACAUCCGUUCGACCCCAAUUUUGGGGUUUGCCAUAAUCCGCGCGUGGCGCUGUCGCCACCUAGCGGCCAUAUGUGCUGAUCGUGACAGACGCGUUUUGUUAGAGAGCGAGUCUUCUGUACCUAGUACUAUUAUUUAUUGUGGUAUUAGAUAAAAAUCAUAACAAUUAUAAUACAUAGGCAAAGGGGUAGAUAAUACUUGGGGUUUCAAUCGAUGUGAGAAGGGCGGCACUGUCGUCGAACCCAAGCCUGUCAAAUCGUAAGGGUUGCCAUGACAACACACUAAUAAUAUUAGACUAAUAUCGUUCCAGAAAUGGGCCUCUGUUUAUAUGUGGACCAAUUUUUAUUUUGUUGUAGAUUUUUUUCAUCACACCUCGGUAAAAUUUUUUGGAUGGGUAGUUUACCCUAUUCUGUACAAU